AUGGAUGCUGUUUUGCAGACCAAAGGGCUUCUCUCCCUGCCUUUAAACCCCAAGACCAGAGCGUUUCAAUCUUCUCUGGGCUUAAAGCAAAGAUCUUUCUCCACAAAACCCAAAAUCCCAACUGGGUUAUCUUUGUCGUCAAAUGGGUUACAGAAAUUUCAAGGCUUUGUCUCAAAGACUCAUGGGUUUGGCACAAAAGAGAGGAACUUGUUCAUCUGCAGGGCUGAAGCUGCUGCUGCUGCUGCUGAUGGGCAGCCAGCAUUUGGGGAAACUGAGCAGCCCAAGUUCUUCGGUAUUGAGGCUGUAACCCUCAAGAAGAUUGUUCCACUUGGGUUGAUGUUCUUUUGUAUCUUGUUCAAUUACACAAUCCUCAGGGACACAAAGGAUGUGUUGGUUGUAACAGCUAAAGGGAGUAGUGCAGAGAUUAUACCCUUUUUAAAGACCUGGGUGAACCUGCCUAUGGCUGUUGGCUUCAUGCUGUUGUACACAAAAUUGUCUAAUGUGUUGUCUAAGAAGGCUCUCUUCUACACUGUUAUGCUUCCAUUUAUCGCCUUUUUCGGGGCAUUUGGAUUUGUCUUGUAUCCUCUCAGCAAUUAUAUCCACCCAGAAGCGCUUGCUGAUAGCCUGCUCAACACUCUUGGUCCAAGGUUCCUUGGUCCACUCGCAAUCUUGAGGAUAUGGAGCUUUUGUUUGUUCUAUGUCAUGGCUGAAUUGUGGGGGAGUGUGGUGGUUUCUGUGCUUUUCUGGGGUUUUGCCAAUCAGAUAACUACCGUUGACGAAGCAAAAAGAUUCUACCCCCUUUUUGGACUGGGAGCGAAUGUUGCUCUUAUUUUCUCAGGCAGAACAGUGAAGUAUUUCUCUAAUUUGAGGAAAAAUUUGGGUCCUGGAGUUGAUGGUUGGGCCCUGUCCUUAAAGGGGAUGAUGAGCAUUGUUGUGUUGAUGGGGUUCACAAUCUGUUUCCUGUACUGGUGGGUAAACAAUUAUGUUCCUCUUCCCACCCGAAGCAAGAAGAAGAAGGAGAAGCCCAAAAUGGGGACAAUGGAGAGCUUGAAAUUUUUGGUGUCUUCAAGAUACAUCAGAGAUCUUGCCACUUUGGUGGUUGCAUAUGGUAUUAGCAUCAACCUUGUGGAGGUUACAUGGAAAUCAAAGCUCAAAGCUCAGUUUCCAAGCCCGAAUGAGUACUCUUCUUUUAUGGGUGACUUCUCAACUGCCACUGGAAUAGCAACUUUCACAAUGAUGUUGCUCAGUCAAGUUAUAUUCGAAAAAUAUGGAUGGGGAGUUGCUGCGAAGAUCACACCUACAGUUCUACUUCUGACUGGAGUUGGUUUCUUCUCUCUGAUCUUGUUUGGGGGUCCACUUUCACCUGCUAUUACGAGCCUUGGGAUGACUCCACUUCUUGCAGCUGUAUAUGUGGGUGCUUUGCAAAACAUUUUCAGCAAGAGUGCCAAGUACAGCUUGUUUGAUCCAUGCAAAGAAAUGGCAUACAUUCCCUUGGAUGAGGACACCAAGGUUAAAGGAAAGGCAGCCAUUGAUGUUGUCUGCAACCCAUUGGGGAAGUCUGGUGGUGCUCUGAUUCAGCAGUUUAUGAUUUUGACCUUCGGGUCACUUGCAAACUCAACACCUUACCUUGGAGGUAUACUUCUGCUGAUUGUUCUUGCAUGGCUGGGAGCAGCCAGGUCUCUAGACACCCAAUUUACUGCAUUGCGACGGGAAGAAGAGCUCGAGAAGGAGAUGGAAAGAGCGGCAGUCAAGAUCCCAGUAGUGGCUCAAGAGGGAAGUGGGAACGGUUCUCUUGCCAGCGAUUCAGUGCUGAACCCAACAGCAGGAGACAGCGGUUCCUCUGGACCUCCCCGCAACAUAUAA